CGCCCGUUUUCCCCAUUGCAACCCUUCGCUCUCUUCUUCGAUCGACAAUUUCCUGCAACGCUGUCUGUUUGCCUUUGCCUGCUUGGAAAACAACGAGUCGAACUGGAAAUAACUGGAACUACUGUCAACGCCAUUGCAAUGUCGACUGCCACCACUGUCCUCCGCAUCGGAUCCCGAUGCUCUUUUAAAUCAGUCAAGACCUCGUUCAGUGUCACCGCGCCAGUACCGGGCCUUCCCAGAGCCUUCUCGGUCCUCGGACCCAAGAGGAUCGGAACCCAUGCAGCCCAGCUCGGUAGUGCGCUCAAAGGCCAUGGCAGUGCUAUCGGAUCUGCCCCCUCCAUACUCAGCCAACAGCGGAGCUUUCAUGCUUCAGCCCCGACAUCUGCCAGCCAACAGGACCCUUACACGCUUUUGGGGGUGAAAAAGACGGCAUCUCAGUCAGAGAUCAAAAAGGCCUACUAUCAGCUUGCGAAGCAGUACCACCCAGACACGAACAAGGAUCCUGCGGCCCGUGAAAAGUUUGUUCAGAUCCAGGAGGCAUAUGAGAUCUUGUCCGACGAACAAAAGAAGGCCCAGUACGAUGAGUUUGGUCAUGCAGGAUUCAACGGCAACUCGCCUCAUGGAGCUGGAGGUUUCCCCGGUGGAUUCCCCGGUGGAUUCUCCGGCGGUGCUGGCGGCUUUGGUAACUUUGAAGACGUUUUCGAUUUCUUCGGAGGGGGAUUCGGUGGACCACGCGGUAGUCGAUCAAGUGGAUUCUCGAGCGUCGGCGAAGAUCUAGAGGUGCCACUGGUGAUCGACUUUAUGGAAGCUGUCAAAGGAGCGUCUAAGAAGGUGAUGAUCGAUCCUAUCAGGACAUGUGAACCUUGUCAUGGAUUCGGAACAAAGAGCGGAAAGGCACCCGAUACCUGUAAAGUGUGCCACGGAACUGGCCAGCAAAAGAUUUCAGUCCAAGGAUUCCACAUGUCGGCACCAUGCCAGGCCUGUGGCGGUGUAGGCACUAUGCUGCACAAGGGCAAGGAGUGCAAUACGUGUGGAGGUGUUGGCCGUGUACGCGUACAUGAGACUGUCGAUGUGCAUGUUCCUCCAGGCGCUGAUGAGGGUGUUCGCAUUCGGUUGGGUGGAAAGGGUCACAAACCUGUGCAUGGUGAGGGCAGGUCAGGGGAUGUGUUUGUUCGUCUGAGGGUCAAGCCCUCUUCGCUCUUCAAGCGCCAGGGAGCCGAUGUAUAUACGGAGACGACGAUCCCAUUUACGACGGCGGCCUUGGGAGGCACAGUCAAGAUUCCGACAGUAGAUGGCGAUGUGGAACUGAAGGUGCCCUCGGGAACACAGCCAAAUGAUGUGAGUCGACUAGCGAAGCGCGGAAUCCAGAGGCUGAACAGGAGCGAUAAGGGAGAUCAGUUCGUGACAAUGAGGGUAUCGCUGCCAAAGACGCUUUCCAAGACUCAGCGCGAGAUUUUGGAAAAGUUUGCAGAGGUGACAUAUCCAGGAACGACAUCAUCAUCGUCGUCGUCAAGUUCAAGCGACAAGGAUGAUUCACACCACUCGGCAGGAGGGUUCUUUAAGUCGACGUUUGAUAAGCUGAAGGAUAAGCUGCACCACGAAGAUAUCAAGAAGGACGACACUAAGAAGGACGAGGACAAGAAGGACUAAGGAAAAUGGGUCGUGAAAGAUUCAGCUUUUUUUGCAAAGGCAUUUCAUCUUGUUUGAAUCUAGAUACUUUUUUAUAUUUGUUUGUUCACUUUUCAUAUUAAAAUAGACUUUCUGAUGUUCAAGCAAUUCCGUGGAUAUGAUUAAGGUGGAUGAAACAAUGUGACCCAAAAAAGGGAAAAUAAGACCAAAUGGACAUUUUAACGAGAUCCGGACCAUAAAAUCCAAAUCCCAC